AUAUUAACGCAAUUGUUGCUUGAGUUUCAUGAGUACAUGGAUCGAUUCUUAUUAACGCUCAGAUGUUUACACGAUCUUGUAUCUACUCUGCCAAAUGCGCCGAUGGGUAAACAGCUUCGUGAAUACUACACGAAAGCAGUUUACAUGAACAAUCUGAGAGAAUCCCACGAGUACAAAGAAUGCCUGCAGCUGUUGGGCUUUUUGUCCAAAACGGAACUGCUUUCGAAGUUGAAUUCUCUCAUAACAAUUAUCGAGGGUUCGAAAGACUCGGCUAUGGUUGAAGUUAGAGAAAAUCUAAGGGAUCAUAUAAAAGUAAUCGAAGUAGCUAGUUUUGAAGUAAAAGCAACUCCAAUUGACGUCGUUUCUACUGGCGAGAAACUCAGUCGUCUUCAAUUGAAAGAGGUCUGAAAUGAAAUUCACUGUAUUUCAAGUUACACCUAAAUUGAUGAGAAAAAGAAAUAACGAACUCGCAAUAUUUCGCUGUUU